AUGCUGAACGUCCCUUCCCAGUCUUUCCCGGCCCCCAGGUCGCAGCAGCGUGUAGCCUCCGGGGGGCGUAGCAAGUUCCUCAUUCUGUAACCAUAUCUUUAUCUUUUGUUUGUGACACUUCCACCUACUUGGGCCACUCGGUUAACUCUUGAGUCUUAGCAUCAUUUGGAACCCUUGUCGAUUUUCUUAUUUUUCUCCACUUAGACUUGGCGUUCUGAUUCUAGUUUAGAAUGAAUAUAGGUUCAGGGAUCUGUAGUUUUCAUUAGCUUUCCAGAGAUUUCUUAAGUACUUUUUAUAGGUGGCCAUGUAUAUUUUUAGUGCUUUACAUGUAUUAACUUUAAUCUUCACAAUUAUCCUGUGAAGUGAAAGCUUUUAUUGUCUCUAUUUCACAGAAAAGGAAACUGGCUAAGAAAUGUUGCCUUAAAUUGCUUAGGCUUGUGUUGUGGUUCUGCUGUGAAAUUUCAUUACUGAUUCAUAUGUCAAUCAUCUAGCCAUCCAGGCAUGUAUAUUUUUCUCACUGGUUUUUGACCUGUUUCUUGAAGCUAAAUACUUGAUUGAAUAACAUAGUCUUUCCAGAGAGAAUCUCUGAAUUAGAAUAUGAGUUGCUGCCCUUCUUCGUUAAAAAUACCAACUAUGUUCUUAGCAUCCAUUUAAAGGAGAAAACUUAGAAGCAAACCAAAAAGUCACACAGAUGGCAAUGGCAAAGGUGAGUCUUUGGUCCAAAAAGAGAGCACAAUAAGAUUAUUGUGCAAUUCUAAGGAAAACUCAGACUCCACUCUUUUUCCUCUUUUCUUUGUGAAACAAGAUGAUGCUGAGAAUGUAAAAAACUGAGUCAGGUUUGGAUGAAAUGGGUAGAAGUUGAGAAAAUAGAACCUAGUUGGGAAGGUUGGGAACAUGCAGCAGGUUCUCAAAUAAUGUUGUUUCAUUCAACAGCAUUAAGUUAUAAUAUCGAUGAGAAAAAAAAAAUUCGUUUCACCCGGGGCCACUGUCUUUGGCACAUUCUAACUGUGUCUGCAUAGGUUUUCUCUGGGUACUCUAGUUUCCUACUACAACCCAAAGAUAUGCAGGUUAGGUUAAUUGAUGUAUCUAAACGGUCCCAGUCUGUGUGAAUGUUGGGUGUGUAUGAGUGUGCCUUGCCGUAGGAUGGCAUCCUGUCCAGGGUCGAUUCCUGCCUUGCGCCCUGAGCUACUGGGAUAGGCUCUGACUACCUGUGACAUUGAACUGGAAUAGUUGGGUACCUUUAAAACAGGGCAGAAGCCUUAUGGAUUGGAUUCGCCUGACCAAAAGUGGAAAGGAUCUAACAGGAUUAAAAGGCAGGUUAAUUGAAGUAACUGAAGAAGAACUUAAGAAACACAACAAAAAAGAUGAUUGUUGGAUAUGCAUAAGAGGUUUCGUUUAUAAUGUCAGCCCUUAUAUGGAGUAUCAUCCUGGUGGAGAAGAUGAACUAAUGAGAGCAGCAGGAUCAGAUGGUACUGAACUUUUUGAUCAGGUUCAUCGUUGGGUCAAUUAUGAAUCCAUGCUGAAAGAAUGCCUCGUUGGCAGAAUGGCGAUUAAACCUGCUGUUCUGAAAGACUAUCGUGAGGAGGAAAAGAAAGUCUUAAAUGGCAUGCUUCCCAAGAGCCAAGUGACAGAUACACGUGCCAAAGAAGGUCCUAGUUAUCCAAGCUAUGAUUGGUUCCAAACAAACUCUUUAGUCACCAUUGCCAUAUAUACUAAACAGAAGGGUAUCAAUUUAGACUCAAUAAUAGUUGAUCAUCAGGAUGAUUCCUUUAGAGCAGAAACAAUUAUUAAGGAUUGUUUAUAUCUUAUACAUAUUGGGCUAAGCCAUGAGGUUCAGGAAGAUUUUUCUGUGCGGGUUGUUGAGAGUGUGGGAAAAAUAGAGAUUGUUCUUAAAAAAAAAGAGAAUACUUCUUGGGACUUUCUUGGCCAUCCCCUGGAGAAUCAUAAUUCACUUAUUCCAAGGAAAGAUACAGAAGAUCCUUACAUGAAGGAUUCAUAUAUCAGAAAGAACAUCAACCAGAGAAGAGAAACUUUCAUUUUUACCUUCAAUCCAGAUGUAGUAGGUUUGUACUACAGAAAGUGCCAGUUAAUUUCCAAGGAAAAUGUUACUCAUGAUACGAGGCUUUUCUGUUUGAUGCUGCCACCAAGCACUCAUCUUCAAGUGCCCAUUGGGCAACAUGUUUACCUCAAGCUACCUAUUGCAGGUACAGAAAUAGUAAAGCCAUAUACACCUGUAUCUGGUUCCUUACUCUCAGAGUUCAAGGAACCAGUUCUUCCCAACAAUAAAUACAUCUAUUUUUUGAUAAAAAUCUAUCACACUGGACUCUUCACACCAGAGCUUGAUCGUCUUCAGAUUGGAGAUUUUGUUUCUGUAAGCAGUCCUGAGGGCAAUUUUAAAAUAUCCAAGUUCCAAGAAUUAGAAGAUCUCUUUUUGUUGGCAGCUGGAACAGGCUUCACUCCAAUGGUUAAAAUACUGAAUUAUGCUUUGACUGAUAUACCCAGUCUCAGGAAAGUGAAGCUGAUAUUCUUCAAUAAAACAGAGGAUGAUAUAAUUUGGAGAAGCCAAUUGGAGAAACUAGCAUUUAAAGAUAAAAGACUGGAUGUUGAAUUUGUUCUCUCAGCACCUAUUUCUGAAUGGAAUGGCAAACAGGGACAUAUUUCACCAGCUCUUCUUUCUGAAUUUUUGAAAAGAAAUUUGGACAAAUCCAAAGUUCUUGUCUGCAUUUGUGGACCAGUGCCAUUUACAGAACAAGGAGUAAGGUUGCUGCAGGAUCUCAACUUUUCCAAAAAUGAGAUCCAUAGUUUUACAGCAUAAUGAAGAGCUGUCAUUGUCCUUUAUUCAACUAGUUUAUCUAAAUUUGUGAUUGCUUAGGGUUUUUUAAGAGAACAUUUUUGUACAUAAUGAAAGGUUAACUAGAAUCCAGGCUUCAGUUUCUUAAAUGAAAUCAAAUGUUCCUUCUAACUUCUUGGCUUUCUUUUGUACCAUAACUUAUUUUACUACUGAUAUUUGACCUGGACAGUUAAUCAUGGCAACAAAAACAUACAGGAUUCUUUGUUAUGAAUCACAAAUUUCCUUGCCAUUUAAAUUAUAUCACUGUUCUACAAUAAGCACUUGUGUUUUAUGACAUGAUAAAGUAAAUGAUCACUUCGAUCAUGUUUCUAUGCUGUAAAAUGUCUUAUUAGCAAUACAGAUUAAAUUUUACAUUGCACUGUUAACUCAGGAAAUGAUCAUUUAUGUCCUUGUUAUUAAUAUUAAAACAUAGAAUGUUAUAACUUAUUAACUUAUCUAAACAUUUUUUUGUGUGUAUAUGGCACUGAUGCAGAAUAGAAUAAAAUUAUACUUAAGUUCUUUUUAA